AUGACAGAAGAAACUUCAAAAUUAAAAACGAAAAAUAAUAAUAAUAACUUAAGGCCAUUGGAUACAAAUAAAAAAAAGUCAUCAUCACCAUCAAUAAAUAUUAUAAAAGAGGAGAAUAAUGAUAAUAACGUUGAUUUUAAUUUUAAUUUUAAUUUUGAUUAUGAUUAUGAUUACGAUGAUGAUAAUGAAUCAGAAAAAAGACCAAGGAUGAUGAGACAAAAUUCUUAUGAAUUUGGACUUUUAUCAGCGAGUCAUUUACCAUCAUCUAGACCUGGUAGUCCAGUAUCACCAGGACAGGGGCCUUCACCAAUGACAUGGUCAAGUGUAAUGAAUACAGAAAAAAUAGAACAAUUGACAAAACAAGAACAAAAAAGACAAGAAGCAAUUUAUGAAUUAAUCACCACAGAACGAUCAUAUUUACGUGAUUUACAAAUGAUAAUACAAGUUUUUUAUGGACCUUUACAACAAAGGCAACAAAAUUUUUCAUUGACAGAUCAAGAACUUUCAACAAUAUUUUCAAACAUCCAAGAUAUACUAAUAUGCAACACAGAGAUUUUGAGUGAUAUGGAACAGAGACAAAAUGAACAAGAAUUCUUGGUUGAGUGCAUUGGUGAUGUAAUGUUGAAUCAUUCUGAUAAUUUGAAAUGUUACGUUGAAUAUUGUGGUGGUCAAUUAAAAUGCAAUCCUCAAUGUGGAGCAUUAGGCUUGUCAAGUUUUUUAUUGAAACCAAUGCAAAGAAUUACAAGAUAUCCUUUGUUAUUAAGACAAAUCUUACAUUAUACAACCAAUGAUCAUCCAGAUCAUCAGAAUAUGAUGAAAAUAUUACAAAAUGCUGAAAUGAUAUUAGAAGAAACGAAUGAAGCAGCAAGAGAACAAGAGAACGAUAGUAAAUUAAGAGAAAUAUCAAAGUUGAUUGAUUUAGAAGGGUUGAAUGAGAAACUUGAUUUAAUAAGUAUGACAAGAUUUAUGGGUAGAAGACAAUUUUUACUUGAAGGUCCUUUAAGAAAAACAAAAAGUGGUAGAAAAUUAUAUGGAUAUUUAUUCAAUGACAUAUUUUUAUUAUGUCAACAAAAUAAGAAUGCAAUUUCAAAAGGUUAUCAAUAUUCUUUGUAUAAACCUCCAAUGCCAUUAAACGAAAUAUUUGUUAAAGAAGUUGGACAUGAUGGAACUUGUUUUCAAAUUAUUCAUAUACAACAACCAACGAACCUUAAAGCGAACGAUAUUUCGGUGAAAAAACAAUGGUUAAAUCAUCUUAAUGCUGCUAGUGAAACAUGCAUGAAAGCGGUUAGACAAGAUCAAAAUAGUAACAAAGAUUUAAUUACACCAGUUGAUAGUAUUAAUGGCACGUUAAGAGUCCUAAUAUCCGAUGGAGUAAUUGAAUUAGAUCCAUCCGUUAAUGAAAAAAUUAAUAUUAAUGUCUAUUGCCAAUUACAACUGAAUAGACAAAUAUUUAAAACCAAAGUUAUAAAAGAUAGUUUAUUUCCAUAUUGGAAUCAGUACUUGAUGUUUUCAGUUACAACAUUAGAAGAUACAUUAAAAAUAUCUAUAUAUAAUUAUGAUAAAUAUUCACAAGACGAAUUUUUGGGACAAGCAGAAAUUGGAUUAAAGUUUCUUGAAUAUUACCGUGAUAAUAAUGAAACUGAAUUAAUAACCUUACCAUUAAAAAAUGUCGCAGCCGGAAGAUCACUCGGAACAAUUUCUAUUUAUUUAAGUUAUAAAGCAACAAGAUAA